GUAGGAAAACCAAAACAACUUCAAGUGAAAAAAUUUUGUGUCAGUUUUGUCGCAAAAAUGUAUUGUUUGAUUUGAAAUCACAUUUAUUUUCAGAAAAUUUUAGUGUAUUUUGUUUCGUUAAAUUUUAAAUUAUUAGUGUUCGUUUUAUUGUGGCUCAGAGAAUAUUUACCAAAAAGAGCGGCAGCAUACAAAAACCAACAAAUUUUACUUAUAUUGUUGUAGUGGGCAUGCUAUUGGAUAGAAUGAAUGCCAAGGAUAUAUUAAUGCGAGCAGUGCAGUGUGAUCAGGCGGGCCGUAUUUUGGAAGCACAAAACUUGUACCAAGAUGGCAUUCAAAUACUCAUGGAUCUUGUUGCGGACGAAUAUGACGUUGCUAAAAAAAAGGUGUUUUAUGAACGAAUUAAAGAAUAUAUUGACCGCGCCGAGCAAAUUAAGGAACGUGUACAAAAGCACGUUAUGCGUGGAGAGCUUGUAACAAACAUACCAAUAGAUGAGAAUUCCGUAGGAAAAAGCUAUCAGUCGCUUUUUGGAAAAUACCUGAAUGCAGAAGUAAAGGAAGUUCUGCUUGAAGAACCAUACCUUCAUGAGAAAUAUCAUUUUCAGAACCUUAUAGCAUUUCUGGAGUUGCUAGUAAAAAACUGUCGGCACCUCAAGUAUGUACGAGUAGUGACUAAAACUGAUAACAAAGCAACAGAGAGCCAAAGGAAUGUGUUAGAACAGAUUAAAGCGGAUAUGGCAAAGCGUAAUGUGAUUUUAAGCUUUAAAUUCGAAGACACAUUGCAUGAUCGCAAAAUUGUCCUCAGUAAUGGCUAUAUCAUAAAAAUCGGACGGGGACUACAUUUUUUCAAAGCGACGGAUCCUUACUAUAGCCUUGGGUUUUGCGAUUAUGACUUUCGUAAAUGCCUGCAAACCGAUGUGGACAUUUGGCGAACAAAACACUUCGCUGCUUAGAAUCGGACGAUUGCCAUUCAAUACGUAUUAUAUCGUAUUUACAUUCGACGCGAUGAGAUCAACAAAGAAGUAUAUAAUAUUUUUUUUCCAAUUUUAUAAAUGUCUAUAUAAGAGUUUUUCUUCUGUUUAAAGAAUUUUUUUCUUAAUGCUGUUAAUAAAAUCUAAAUUAGUUCGUGAAAAUAACAAUGGAAAAAAUAUAUAAAAACACAAUAUUUGUAUUUUUUUGCAAAGUGAUAUUGAUUAUAAAGAACUUAAUUUACAACUUCUUCAA